UUUAUUGGUUGUUACUUCUUGAUAGUUAAAUUUUUUGGAAAAAAAAGAAAAUGAUGCGAACUGGAUUAGGAAUAGACAUCACACCGGAUGUAAUGAAUGACUUUUUUCAAAUUAAACCUAAUAAAACUUUAGGUAAUGGCCACCAAAUAGCAAAACAUCAUGUAGGCACUUGCUCGUUUAUACAGUCAAAUAGUGGUUAUGCAACACCAUAUAAAAAAGAUUGGAAUGAUUCUUUAGAGCAACAUUUAAAGCUAUCAAGUUUGUCUUUGGAUACAGAGGAUCUUACAGAUAAUUUAGUAUCUAAACCAGAAAAAGAAAAUGAGUUGUUGCUUCCAGAGCCUGAAGAAAGAACUAAUCCGAUUGAAGGCAAAGCAAUUUCAAUUGAAGUGUAUGAUAAUUACCAGUUUAAACAUGAGUAUGAUCCAUUAUUACCUAUUACGAGCAAGCAUGACGAAAUCAUUCAAACAAUUGAAGCUAAUAGAGUAACAGUUAUUCAAGGUAGUACAGGAAGUGGUAAAACAACACAAGUACCUCAAUACAUUCUGGACUACCAUCAACAGCGGAGUAAAUACUGCAACAUUCUUGUAACUCAGCCAAGAAAGAUUGCAGCUGUAAGUAUUGCAAAACGUGUAUCACAGGAAAGAGGCUGGCCAAUAGGUACCUUAGUUGGUUUUCAAGUUUCAAGAAAGCGUGAGGUAACAGAAGAUACUCGAAUAACCUAUAUGACUACAGGAGUUCUUUUGCAAAAGUUGAUUAAAAAUAAAAAUCUUAAUGAUUACACACAUAUUAUUCUUGAUGAGAUUCAUGAAAGAGAUCAAGAUAUUGAUUUCAGCAUGCUUGUUGUGAGAAAGUAUUUACGAACAGUAUCAAGACAUGUUAAGGUUGUUCUUAUGUCAGCAACUGUAGAUUCUACUUUAUUUGCAAACUAUUUUUCUGUGUUGAUAAAUGGAAAACAAGAACCAGCCCCUGUUCUGAAUGUCGAGGGAAAAAUGUAUGAAGUGUCUGAGUACUACUUCAAUGAUAUAGCCACAUUGGCUGCUCCACCACAACAAAGUUUGUAUGAGCCAGAAAUAAGUGAAAAGUGUUAUCAGUUUUGUCGUGAACUUAUAAUGGCUCUUGAUGUUGACGAAAUAGGUGACAACUAUAAAGUUGGUAUGUUCUCAGAAACUCGUGGAACAGUUCUUGUUUUUCUUCCAGGAUUGCCAGAAAUAAAGCAAAUGCAUCUGCAUCUUGCAGAUAUUGAAGCUCGUUCAAGAUUGAAAAUUAUACCCCUUCAUUCUCAGAUUACAAGCAAUGAACAGAUUAAAGUGUUUUUACCUUCUGAAAAAAAAGAAAGAAAGGUUAUUUUAUCUACAAAUAUUGCAGAGAGCUCUAUAACUGUUCCCGAUAUUAAAUAUGUUAUUGAUUUUUGCCUAACAAAGCAAAAUGAAACUGAUAUGGAAACUAAUUAUCAACGGUUGACUUUGCAAUGGGCAUCACAAGCUUCUUUAACUCAACGAAAAGGAAGAGCUGGUAGAGUUUCAGAAGGUUAUUGUUUUCGGUUAAUUUCUAAAUCAAUGUUUUAUGAAUUGCCAGAAUACUGCACUCCAGAAAUUCUACGUUCUCCGUUACAACAAUUAGUUUUAAAAGUGAAACUGCUUGAUCUGGGUUCUCCAGCUCAUACUUUGAUGUUAUCUAUACAACCACCUUCACUAACAGAUAUCCAAAAAACAAUUCUGCUUUUAAAAGAGGUUGGUGCUAUAACAGUUCGACAGAACGGAAAAAUUAAUCCUCUGGAUGGUGACCUUACAUUUGUUGGUCGCGUUUUGGGUUCUCUGCCAGUUGAUGUGCGGAUUGGAAAAUUAUUGCUUAUUGGAUAUACUUUUGGCGUUCUUGAAGAAUGUCUAACCAUAGCUGGUUGUCUUUCACUAAAAAGCAUUUUUUCUCGGCCUUUUCAGCGUGAUCUUAAAGCAUACUCAAAUAAAAUGCAUUGGGCAAGAUAUUCUGGGAGUGAUUUAUUAGCUUCUCUACAUGCUUUUAUGUCAUGGAAAUUUAAAAAGAUACACACUGGGUUUGGAAUGACUGAGACAAAAUGGGCACAUGAAAACUUUCUUGAAUUUAAGCGGUUUGUUGAGGUUGAUGAACUAGUAAUGGAGUUGCACAGCCGUCUUGCACAAUUUAAUAUUCAUGCAAAUAAAAACAUUUUUGAAAGUGAAGUGUUACCCAAAGAUGAUGAAUUUAUUUUAAAGCUUGUCAUUGCAGGUGCUUUUUAUCCAAAUUAUUUUCAAACUCAACCAUUGGAUGAACAAGAAGCCAUCAAAACAAUGUCAGGCCUCAAUCCAUUCACAACUGUUGUUAUCUCUGGAGCACCACCUACACUAUGUCAUUACAAGCAAAGUGUAGCAAAGCUAUUUCGACAAUGUGGAAGAGGAAAGAAGUUAUACUUUGAAAACUCAAGGGCAUUUGUUGAGUUUGAGAAUUUCUCAACUGGUGAAGAUUUUAAUCCGGUUGCACCUGCAGUUUAUAUGGCUAUCAAAAUGAGACACUUAAGAAUUCCCUUGGACAUCUAUGUUUCUAAGCAAAGAGAUGAAGAGUUACGCAAAACGUUAGCAAGUAAUCCAUUACAGCCUUUCAAUCCAGAAACUGGGCUUCGCACAAACAGAAUAAACACCUAUUUAAACAAAGAUAGCAAGAUAUCAGUUACUCUACAGGGAAACGUGAAACAAGUUAUGCUCAAAGAAAAUGGUUAUUUUCAUCUUCAAAUACAAGAGGUAUUAAAUGUUGACCACUUUUGGGCAACUUAUGCUGAUAAAGAAACAAUUCGUAUUAUGCAUCAUCUUCACAACAAGAUCAAUGAGUUUGGUGGUAGAAACUGGAAACCUAUGGAGCCUGAAAAUAUCCAAGUUGGCGCUUAUUGCUUGGCUCCAUAUGAAGAUGAGUUUUUUAGAGCGGAGAUUAUAGCCUGUUCACCAAAUUUGAUAAAAGUCUUUUUCCUUGAUUAUGGUAAUUCAACACAACUGGUUGAAAAAAGUUAUAUACGAAAAUGCCCUGAUUUUUUGCUGGAAAUUCCAUUUCAGGCAUUUGAAUGUUAUUUAAGUGAAGUUAAACCCUCCCGAACCAAAUGGACAGAUCAAGCAUUGAACAGAUUUGUUGAAUUAGCUCCUAUUGGAUCAGCAGUAUUAAUUGCAAAGGUGUAUAGUGUUGUACAUGGUGCUUAUCACCUGGAGUUGUUUAAUGGUGAUACAAGCAUCAAUCAGACAUUGAUUAAAGAAAAUUAUGCUGUAUACAAAGAAGAGACAUUGCAGUCACAGAGGUAUCACGAACAAAGUUUAAACAAAGAAACUAAAUCAAUGGCUCAAGAAUCGUCAGAUAUAUUUAUUUCUGAUGUUUCAAGAGUUGAAAAAGGGGAAGAAGUUAUAAAGAUUCCUUUGCGAGGACCUCACAGUCCUUAUGAAUUGAGUUUUUUUGGGCUAACUGCUUCUGCGAGAUUACGCGGAUGUCGUGUUGAACAGGAUUCUGUUAAUAGUGUGGUGAUAUGUGAAGAUCCUCAUGAUAAGCAUCAAAAGUUAUUGAUUGCCGCAACUGUCAAUGUUAAUUCUGCUGGGAAUAGCAUCAUUGCUCGGGAAACUACAUUGCUUCCCAAUAUUCAUGGGUUGUAUUCUAUGCUAGCAUUAUUGUUUGCCCCUGUUGCUGAAUUGAGGUGUCAUGAUAAAAAUACUCAUUAUAUUGGUGCUCUUUGUGGACUAGGUGCUAAUGAUAAUGGUGAAUCGAUAUUGCCUGAUCAUGAUCUAGAAUUAAGUUUUGAUAUAAAAUUUGAUGCAGAGGAUUUAUUAUUGAUUAACUCAGUUCGUUUUCUUAUCAACACUGCAAUUGGCAUUGAAAGUGAAACCAUUGAGCAUCCUAUUGAUAAAGUUAGUGAAAUACAGAGAUAUGCUCGCGAAAAACUUUUAAACCUGAUCAACAAACAGCGAGAAGAUAAAACACCAGAAUCAUAUCCAAAAGAAUUUUUAUGGAACCAGGUUAAAGAUGAUUAUUUGUUUGACUGCGGAUAUGAAGAAAAACCAAACCACUUGUAUACUUAUCACAAAGGCAUCUUUUUAAUAAAGGAAAAAGAAAUUGACCCCCGUAUUUUAGAGCAGCGUCAAAAGCUUGAAGAGUUACAUAAACUUACAGGCCGAUCGAUCAUACCAUUUACCACUGAAGUGGAGUGUCCAGUAUGUUUGGUACGGUGCCGCCAUCCUCGUGCAUUAUACUUACAUUGUGAAACUCCUCAGCAUAAAAAUUGGUUUACUCAAAUAUUUAAAAAUUAAGUUAAAAAUAACGUUUCCAUUUUUUAUGCAUUUGCGGCAUCAAUUCAGAAAACAAUACUACCAUAUGGUGUAAUUAUGCCUUAGUAUCAUAUAUCCAGAGUAAUGAUAUGGUUGUAUGCGAAAUAAAUGUGAAAGCUAUUUUUGCGUUUCCUAUUCAGAAAAUGCACUGAAACUGUAAUGGCAAUCAAAAUGGUAAUCAAGUUGAUACGUGGAGAUAAAGAACGCAUAUGCGUCACUAUGGUUACGUCAUUAGUUUACGUUAUAACAACAAGCUUGCAGAUAUUUUUAAAAACCUCUCUUUUAAACAAGAACCUAAAUGAGAUACGGAUAUUUUAACCGUUUGUGUUAAUAUUGUGUCGACAAUAAUACUGUUUUAAAUAUUGUUAUUUAAUUCUUUUUAUAAAUAAAGAGUAAAAAAUUAA